GACAUCUACGAGUGGGGAUGGGGACAGUCCUUCCACUUCUCUCCUUCCAUCCGAGGCAAAUCCCACCGCGACGCCACGCGCCUCCACGAAGAGAUGGCCGUAGAUCUGAUCCAAGUGAAACCGGGUCAAAAGAUCCUCGAUGUCGGAUGCGGCGUCGGAGGUCCGAUGCGCGCGAUUGCAUCCCACUCGCGAGCCAACGUGGUGGGGAUCACGAUCAACGAGUACCAGGUGAAGAGAGCGCGUGACCACAACAGAAAAGCAGGACUCGACGCGCUCUGCGAGGUCGUGUGUGGUAACUUCCUCCAGAUGCCCUUCGAUGAUAACACCUUCGACGGCGCGUACUCUAUCGAAGCGACGUGUCACGCGCCGAAGCUGGAAGAAGUCUACGCCGAGAUCUACAGGGUGUUGAAACCCGGAUCUUUGUACGUAUCGUACGAGUGGGUCACCACUGAUAAGUUCAACGCCGAGGAUGAGGAACACGUGGAGGUCAUCCAAGGCAUCGAGAGGGGUGACGCGCUUCCUGGGCUUAGGGCUUACUCGGAUAUAGCCGAGGCCGCCAAGAAAGUUGGCUUCCAAGUUGUCAAGGAGAAGGAUCUAGCGGCUCCACCGGCUGAGCCGUGGUGGACUAGGCUUAAGAUGGGUCGGCUCGCUUAUUGGAGGAACCACAUUGUGGUUCAGAUUCUGUCUGCUGUUGGAGUUGCGCCUAAGGGAACCGUCGAUGUUCACGAGAUGUUGUUUAAGACUGCUGAUUUCUUGUCCAGAGGAGGCGAAACUGAAAUUUUCUCUCCGAUGCAUAUGAUUCUCUGCCGGAAACCUAUGUCUUAAACGAUAAUCAUUUCCCGAUCUCAGUUUGUUUUUAAUUUUUUUUCUUAUGGAUUUUUGAUUUUGCCUGGUCAGUCAAUGUACUCCUUUAGAUUUUAAUUUUAAUUUGGUAUUACUGUUU